CUCUCACUCGCGAGAGGCCCCCGUCUCUUCUUCUUCUUUGUGGGGGCUUCAAAUAUCCCCCUGCUUCUCGCGGGGUAUAAAGGACCCUGGUCCACCUUGCACGGAGUCACAGAACAGAGCGGCAUCGCAGAAGCCGACAUGAAUCCUCUGAUCGCGUGUAUGAUAGUCGGUCUAGCAGGGUUCGCCCUGGCCGAACCACCAGUUUCGUCCGGCUACAGCUACAGCAGACCGAGUGGAGGUGGUUAUUCCGGUGGAGGUGGCGGUGGUUACUCGUUCGGUGGUGGUGGCGGUGGAGGAUAUACAUCCGUAUCUACCGGUUACCAGACCAACGAAGGAGCAUCCGUCGACGGUGCACUGCUCGAACAGAUCCGUCAAAUUCUGCUGAGGGAAGAGCAAAGCGGCGGUGGAGGAGGAGGCGGCGGUGGUGGUGGUGGUGGUGGCUACCCAAGCUCGAGCUAUGGUGCCCCAUCGUCCCAAUACGGUGUGCCGAGCUCGAGUUACGGUGUACCAGGUUACCAGACACGCGUGGUAGGCAUCGAUCUCGAAGGAAUCAGGCAGGCUAUUCAAGUGGCGCAGUUCAACCAAGUGACCCAAGGGUCUGGUGGGUACCCAAGCGGGCCAAGCGGAAGCUACGGAGCACCUAGCAGACCGAGCAGCAGCUACGGUGCGCCCUUCUAAGAACGGUCGUCGGAACAACUGAACAACCACAGAUUGGAUGAUGGGAGAGCGAGAGAGGGAGAGAAAGAGAGAAAGAGCGAGUGAGGACACCGGUCGACCAUCGAUCGACUAUCUUCCGAGCCCGAGAUUCUUAACUCGAAAGAAAGAAACGACUAUGAUCGAUAGAAGGAAACGAGAAUACUAGGUCAGGAUAAUUCAGGUUUCUAUAACUAUGAGAGAAAAUCCGC